AUGGGUAGACGGAAUCUCAGUAGCACAUCGAAUUUCAUCCUAAUGGGAUUGACAGACUCUGAUGAGAUUCGGCUAGUCCUCUUUAAUCUAUUUCUCCUGAUAUACCUGGUUACUGUGCUGGGGAAUGCAGGGAUGAUACUGAUCAUUCGCCUGGAUCUGCAGCUGCACACUCCCAUGUAUUUUUUCCUCAGCCACCUGUCAUUUAUUGAUCUUAGUUACUCAACAGUCAUUACGCCUAAAACCUUAGCGACCUUACUAACUUUUAAUAAGUAUAUUUCAUUUAGUGGCUGUUUCACUCAGAUGUAUUUUUUUGUCUUCCUGGCUGCUACUGAAUGUUUGAUUCUCUCUUCAAUGGCUUAUGAUCGCUAUGUAGCUAUCUGCAACCCACUACAAUACCCAGUUGUUAUGUCCACUACACUGUGCCGCUCCUUCAUCACGGCAUCCUAUGCAAUUGGCUGUAGUGAAUCACUUGUCAAUGUACUUUGCAUGAACACCUUGCAUUUCUGCAAUUCCAAUGUAAUCAAUCAUUUUUUCUGUGACACAACACCAAUUUUAUCUCUGUCAUGCACUGACACACGUGAUAUUGAGACCGUGAUAUUCAUCGGUGCUGGUUCUACACUAGUGGCAUCUCUCAUCACAGUCUUUGUAUCCUAUGCAGCCAUUCUCUCUACUAUCUUGAAAAUUAACUCCACAUCAGGAAAACAAAAAGCCUUCUCUACCUGUGCCUCCCACCUCCUGGGAGUCACCAUCUUCUAUGGUACCAUGAUUUUUACUUAUUUAAAGCCACGUAGGUCCUACUCCUUGGGAAAGGACCAAGUGGCUUCUGUUUUUUAUACUAUUGUGAUCCCCAUGCUGAAUCCACUCAUUUAUAGUCUCAGGAAUAAAGAAGUGAAAAAUGCCCUCAUUAAAGUUAUGAAUAAGAGAGUGAGCUCCAGGCACUUAAAAUAA